UUCCCAGAGUGCACCGAGACCACGAAGGCCUCACUACCGGCCGAACGCUGACGCCAUUUAUGUGUCGGGGAACGGCGGUGCGGCCUGUCAUCAUGGCCCUGUUCCCGGCCUUUGCGGGCGUUAGCGAGCCUUCCGAUAGCGGUUCCCGGAAAGAAUUAGACUGGCUGAGCAACCCAAGCUUUUGUGUUGGAACCGUAACAUCUCUGAGCCAACAAACCGAAGAGACCACAGCUCUUGUUUCUGAAGGUUCACCACCGACAAGGAGUCCUCUGAAAUCAGAGCCUUCAGAUGAAAGUGAUGCUAACAAAAAGCUGAAACAAACAAGCAGAAAAAAGAAGAAAGAGAAGAAGAAGAAAAGGAAGCAUCAGCACCACAAGAAAACCAGGGGCAAACACGGGCAGUCAGACAGCAGCGGAUCUGGGCCAGACACCGAUGCCGAAAGGGACGCAUCUUCCAGAAGCAGAGACAGUAAAAAAGAAUCAGAGAGGCUUAAUCAAGAAAAUUCUGCCGCUGCUGAUGUUGGACGUCGCUUUGUUUGGCUUGAGGACAUUCAGCCUCUGACGGGAGAAACCUUCAGGACAGAUAAGAAGCCAGAUCCGGCCAACUGGGAGUAUAAGUCCCUCUACCGGGGAGAUAUAGCAAGGUACAAGAGGAAAGGAGACUCCUGCCUUGGCAUUAACCCUAAGAAGCAGUGCGUAUCCUGGGAGGGGCCUUCUGCAGAAAGGAAGCAUCCACGCAGGCACGUCGAGCGCUAUUUUACGAAGAAGAAUGUGGGGUUGAUGAGUGUGGAUGGAGUUGCCGUCAGCAGUAGACCCGAACCUCUCGCAUCUGAGCCAGUGUCGUUUAUCCCAGUCAAAGGCUCCGACGAUCUGGCGCCGCCUCCCGUUACGACCUGGUUGAACCCUCUGGGGAUUUAUGAUCAGUCCACCACGCAGUGGCUACAGGGACAGGGUCCUGCGGAGCAGGAAUCGAAGCAGCCAGACUCACAGCCAGAUCGAGAGAAUGCGCUUCUCAAGGCCAAGGUGGAGGAGUUUAACAGGAGGGUUCGGGAGAAUCCUCGAGACAUUCAGCUAUGGAUGGCCUUUGUUGCUUUUCAGGACGAGGUCAUGAAAAGUCCUGGCCUGUAUGCCAUCGAGGAAGGAGAGCAGGAAAAGCGAAAGAGGUCCCUGAAGCUCAUUCUGGAGAAGAAGCUGGCCAUUCUGGAGCGGGCCAUUGAAAGCAACCAGAGCAGUGUGGAUCUGAAACUCGCCAAGCUGAAGCUCUGCGCAGAGUUCUGGGAGCCCUCCACGCUGGUCAAAGAGUGGCAGAAACUGAUCUUUUUACAUCCCAAUAAUACAGCCCUUUGGCAGAAAUACCUUUUAUUUUGCCAGAGCCAGUUUAGCACCUUUUCAGUAUCGAAAAUUCACAGUCUCUAUGGAAAAUGCCUGAGUACUUUGUCUGCCGUGAGGGACGGCAGCAUCUUGUCUCACCCUGAGUUGCCCGGCACCGAGGAGGCCAUGUUUGCGCUCUUUCUUCAGCAGAGCCACUUCCUGCGCCAGGCCGGUCACUCUGAGAAGGCCGUCGCCUUGUUCCAGGCCAUGGUCGACUUCACCUUCUUCAAGCCCGACAGCGUGAAAGACCUGCCUACCAAGGGACAGGUAGAAUUCUUUGAGCCCUUUUGGGACAGUGGAGAGCCCCGGGCUGGGGAGAAGGGUGCCCGAGGCUGGAGAGCGUGGAUGCACCAGCAGGAGCGGGGCGGCUGGGUGGUCAUCAGUCCAGAUGAUGAUGACGAUGAACCAGAAGACGAUGACCAGGAAAUAAGAGAUAAGACUCUGCCCCGGUGGCAGAUCUGGCUCGCUGCCGAGCGCUCCCGUGACCGGAGGCACUGGCGGCCGUGGCGCCCUGAAAAGACCAAGAAGCAGACGGAGGAGGACUGCGAGGAUCCCGAGAGACAGGUGUUGUUUGAUGAUAUUGGACAAUCCCUGAUCCGACUUUCCAGCCCAGAGCUUCAGUUCGCGCUGAUCGCGGCCUUUCUGCAGUUCCUGGGCGUGCCUUCCGGCUUCAGCCCUCCAGCCUCCUGCUUCUAUCUGGCCAUGGAUGAGAACAGCAUCUUUGAUAACGGACUUUAUGAUGAGAAGCCACUGACUUCUCUCAGCCUUUCAUUUUCCGGCGUUAGCUAUGUCGGCCGCAUGGACCAAUUGGGCUGCCGGCGCUGGAGCAGGGGUCACGACCGAGAGGGCGAGGAUUUCAUCCGCAACAUCUUCCACCUCGUGAUGCCGCUGUUUUCGGUUAAGGAGCGGUCUCAGCUCUGCUUCUCCUGGUUACAGUACGAGAUUGCAAAGGUCAUUUGGUGUCUGCACACUAAAAACAAGAAGAGAUUAAAGUCACAAGGAAAGAACUGCAAAAAAUUAGCCAAGAAUCUCCUUAAGGAGCCAGAAAACCGCAACAAUUUUUGCCUCUGGAAGCAGUAUGCCCAUCUGGAAUGGUUGCUUGGCAACACAGAAGACGCCAGGAAGGUUUUCGAUACAGCACUUAGCAUGGCGGGGAGCAAGGAGCUGAAGGACUACGAACUCUGUGAGCUCAGUCUGCUCUACGCGGAAUUGGAGGUGGAGCUGUUGCCGGACGUGAGAGGGGCCGCCACAGCCCGAGCCGUUCACAUAUUAACCAGACUGACUGAGAACGGUGUGUAUGGGUCCUACACUGGGCAGGUCUUGGCCGUUCACAUUUUGAAAGCUCGGAAAGCUUACGAACAUGCCCUGCAGGACUGUUUGGGUGACAGCUGUGUCUCCGAUCCAGCUGCCCCUGAUUCCCUUAACCGCCUAAUCAGCUUGGUUAAAUGCUUUAUGCUCUUCCAGUAUUUGACCGUUGGGAUCGAUGCCACUCUGCGGAUAUAUGAACAGGUAUCUGCAAAACUGAAGGGCUCUGUCUCCCCAGAAGGCCCUGGCCCGGAGGACAGUGUCAGCCCCCGGAGUCUGAGCGGCGUUCUCGAGGCCGUCACCCUGAUGCACACAAGCCUGCUCAGGUUCCACAUGAAAGUCAGCGUUUACCCUCUGGCUCCUCUGCGGUUGGUGCUCUCAGAGGCCCUGAAGCUGUAUCCGGGCAACCAGGUGCUAUGGAGGUCGUAUGUCCAGAUUCAGAGCAAAUCCCACAGUGCCAGUAAGACCAGAAGAUUCUUCGAUGCCAUCACCAGGUCUGCGAAGUCCUUGGAGCCUUGGUUGUUUGCAAUUGAAGCUGAGAAAAUGAGGAAGAGACUGGUGGAAACUGUUCAGAGGGUAGAUGGCAGAGAGGUCCAUGCCACGAUUCCUGAGACUGGCUUGACACAUCGGAUCAAAGCCCUGUUCGAAAAUGCAAUGCGGAGUGACAGUGGCAGCCAGUGCCCUUUACUAUGGAGGAUGUAUUUGAAUUUUUUGGUCUCCUUAGGAAAUAAAGAAAGAAGCAAAGGUGUGUUCUACAAAGCACUUCAGAAUUGUCCUUGGGCAAAGGUGUUGUACAUGGACGCCGUAGAGUACUUCCCUGGCGAGAUGCAGGAGAUCCUGGACCUGAUGACUGAGAAGGAGCUCCGAGUGCGCCUGCCAGUGGAGGAGCUGGAGCUUCUGCUCGAGGACUAGACACCAGGAGGGGAUGGGGCCACCCCUCUAGGGCCACGUUGCCUGCUGUGGGAGCCAGGACGAGCAGGAGGAGACGGGUGACACAUGCGUGCGAGUGUUAGACUCCUUUUUAAGUUUCUAGAUAAUUUGUGUCUGGGUUAUCAGUCUCUUACCCUUGCACAUUUUUUUGUUGUGCAAAUGACACAAAAGCUAUCGUUUUACAUAUCAUAUAUGUGAAUCUGUGUAUGUAUGUGCGGAGAUGAGCAUCAGGCCAGGUGAUAACUAAGCCUUUGUGGUUGGUGUGUGUGAGCUGUUCUGCUCUUUCUGGCCAGCGCCGGCCCCGUGGAGAUAUACCUGCUCAGCGGGCACCCUUAGUGGUCCUGCCAAGUCUAGCAUUGCUGAAGAAUUUCUUUGGCACCUCAUCUGGAAAAGCUAGUGUUGUAGAAUAGAAUUUUGGCUAGAAACAGAUGGACACUGGUUGGAACAAGGAGGGAAGGCAACAUAGCUAGAGCACUUUCUAGGGUGGCGUCGUGGAGCACCCGAGGGAGUCGGCCAGGCAAGGGGACGCCUGCUGCCCCACUUGCUGGCUUCAGGACUAAUGUGUUCAGAAAGGAAGGAAGGGCAGAAGCUCUGACACAUUUUUGGACGCUCUUGAGGAGGAUGCGGCAUCCCUGACCUGGGUUUUUUAGGACCAGUUCUCCCCUCCUGCCCCACGAGUGAGAGAACCCGCAGGCAUUCUGGGAGGGAAGGAUGUAUUUUCUUGUGACGCCAGAGCCAUGUGAACUUGGCUCUGUUGCUUGAACAGCAAAGCUCGCUGGCUGUGUGGUUGCGAUCCUGUCUUCCCCAUGAGCAGCUGCUGAACAGUUCUAUCACCAGCACUGGGGGCGUGAUGUGGGGCAACAGGGAGUGACGUCUGCACUCCUGUGAUGGCCCAGAAGCUUCCCUGACACCUGGAUCUACCAAUUAUUGCUGCCCAGCGGCGGGUGUCAAGGUUCCAGAAACAGGAUGAACUGCUUGAGAAAGAGCGCGCUUUAUUGGGAAGAGAGCACUGCAUGACGGUCCCUCUACACAUCAUGCUCAGAAAGGGGCACAGGACACAGGACGUUCUGCUAAUGAAGACCAACAGGAAACGGGUUCCUCUGGGCAGCUUCCUCGGCCCCACCAGCUGUGGUUCGCUAGAGAUAGAGCCCUUCAGGGGUGCCUUCCUGUUUCUUAUAAAGAACAUUUUCUUUAGA